ACCGAGUGCUAUUUGACAGCUCUUUAGUUUUUGACUUUCAGCACUUUUUCUGAUCUUUGUGUUUUCUUGUCUCACACAUCUACAAUGGCACUUUGGAAAUGUAUCGCUCUGCUGUGUCCAUUUCUGUUUUUCGCCCAAAUUUGUUCAAUGCCAACAAAAUGCAAGCAGAUGGAUCUCGUGGAAACAACUCACAGUCUACUUGAGAAUAUGGGAGGGCUUUUUCCUCGUGAAUGUUUAAAAGAAAAUGUUAAAAUAAGCUUCCCGACAUCUGCACUGCAAUCAAACGACUCCAAUCAGAACAUUGGGGUAGCAAAGGCAGGGUAUAAAAUCAUGGAGCACAUUGACUACCUGUUUGCUAACGACAGUUAUCCAGAAUCCUGGAACCAGAAGAAAGUGGAGGAUUUCCAGAACAUAGUUUAUCGUUUAUGUAUUAUGGGGAGAAAGCACGAGCGACCCGUGGAUGAUCUUCCCACAACAGGAGAUGCUCUGAAAACCUACUUUGAUAAACUGGCCUCUCUCCUCAGAAACAAGGACUACAGUGUGUGCGCGUGGGAGGUGGUUCGAAAGGAGCUCCUGCUUGUUCUUAAACUCACGCUUAACCUGACGUCAUUCUGUAAAUUAUUCUGAGUAGUUGGUCGUAGAUUUAUUUAUUUAUUUAUUAAAUGUAUUUGAUUAUUUAUUUAUUUAUUUGAUUAUUUAUGUACCUAUUUAUUUAUUUAUUUAUCUGAUUGAUUAAUUUGUGUAACUUUGUUUUUGUAAUUUACAUAUGUAUUUUUAUGAAAUAAACUAUAUAUUUUGUGUGAGACAAAAGACUUUCUUUUGUGGAACAUAA